AUGGAGCCGCUGUUAGACGCUGAAAACCAUCUGAUCAAAACUGACGAUGAUAACUCAACCAAUGGCCACAUAGACACCACGUUCAGUUCCACAGUGGCUUCAGCUAUCCAUAGUGAACAACGAAUGAUUCAAUUGAACAUUAAACUUGAAUCUAAAAUUGACUUGCCUGCUAUUCGUGUUUUGAGACGUGUAGUUGAUUCAUAUGUUAAUGUCAACCAAUUGCUUAGUAUUUUAGUUAGUUUGGGUCAUCUUACGGAGAUCCAAGUGAAAAAUUUCAUUACCAAUGAAAUCUUAACUAAUUUGGCUUAUAAUGGGAUCACCGCCAAUCAAAAAUUAUAUAACGAUUAUCGUGAACAUGAGAAUGCUGAGUUACGAGGGAUUUGGAUUCCUUAUGAUAAAGCUGUUGACAUUGCCUUAAAGUUUGAUAUCUAUGAGUUUGUCAAGAGAUUGUUCUUGGUAGAUGUUCACGAUUUUGAUCAGCUACCAAGAGUUACCAAGAGAGCUCUUGAUAAUACAAGUGAUGAUGAUAAGUCUUCCAAACACUUAGGUUCACCACCUAAAAAGAUCAAGUUAGAAGCUUCUUCAAACACUGGGGAACCAAACAGCUCGGAUUCACUUGAAAAAAGCGAACAAAUAGCAUCUUUGGUUGUGAAAUUGGCUAAAAACAAUAAUAAUGCUCCUUAUCCAUUGCCACCUAUAACGUCAUAUGAUUUGGAAGAUGAUGAAAUCCAACAAUUGAAAUUGAAAUAUAGUGAAGUGUUCAAAAGAGAUAAUGAAGAUCCUUUAUCAAGUGAUGAAAUAGAAUCUGUUUUUUCCUCCAUUAAAUCUAAAUCCAGUGAUGUCCCUCUAGAUCAAAGUGGUGCUACAGCAUUACACUUUGCUUCUGCAUUAGCUUCUUUGAAUUUGGUUUCGAGUUUCAUUAAAUUGGGUUUAAAUUCCCCUAUAAGAGGGAAGAAUAAUGGCGAAACCCCCCUUAUAUCAACUAUAAUGGUUACCAAUGCUAUGGAAAAGGGGAAUUUUGUUACUCUUUUGAAAUAUUAUCUUUACCCUAAUUUAUGGUUAUAUUCCAAUUCCGAUUGGUCAUUCCUUCAUUAUUUGGCCAGUCAAUCCAAUAGUCUUUUUGAAUGUUCGAAAUUUUAUCUCACCAAGAUUUUGGAGGUGAUUCUUGAGAAUAAUCAAAAGGACUUCUACAACUUGAUAGCCAAAGUCGUCAACUUACAAGAUAAAGAACAUGCAAACACCUGUUUACAUUUAGCAGCGGAAAGAGAAUCGAAAUGGUUAAUCAGUUUACUCUUAAGCUUACAUGCUGAUCCCAAUAUCGAGAAUAAUCAAGGAGUCAAAGCUAAUGACUUUGAUAUUGUUAAGGAAGUUGUAGAGAAUAAAAAAGACUAUGAGAAUGAUUUAAUAUUUGAAUUAGUAAACACUGGAAUUGAAUUUAUGAAUUAUCGAUUAGAAGUGGGUGGAGCUAAUUCAUUUGUGGACGAAGUGGAUACUAUUUCUACUCAUCCCCCAUCACCUCCAACUACAGCAACUACAGCAGCUGUUGAAACAGAUGAAUCAUCAGAUACUAUGUUGGAUAUUUCUGGUAAGAUAUUCCGAAGCAUUCAAGAUUUAAUGACUAGUACAAAUAAAGAAUAUGAAACCAUUAUAAAUGCCAAAAGACAUCAAAUAAAACAAUUGAAUGAAUCGCUUAAAGAAGCUACUAUUGUUACUGCCAAUAAUCGAUUUAUGACUAAGAAAAUGAUGGAAAAAUUAUUGCAACUUGAUAAUUUACGACUACAAAAUAGUAACAUGGAUGAUCGAUUAGAAAAUGCAAAGAAACAAAUUCCAGAUGAUGAAGAUGAAGAAGGAGGAAAUGGUGAUAUUGAAAAUAAACAAUUUGAUGCCGAUGCACCCUUUAUCAUCAAACCGUUAUAUGAACGACUAGUGAAUGGAGAACCCAUUGAAGAUUUGAAGCAAAGCAAGCACUUGAUGGAACUUUUACCGUCAGUAUCAAUUCUACGGGCUAGAGUUGAUUCUUAUGAAGAAGUUACCAAACAAAUUGAACAAGAAUUAGAAUCCUUAACUAACUAUACUGAAUUGACGGAGAAGUUCAAGAAAGUUGUCAGUAUAUGCACUGGAGUUGAUGUCAAUGAAGUUGAUGAUUUAUUAGAUGGGCUAUUAGAAGCAGUUGAAAUCCAACAAUAA